CAGCAGCACGGCUCCACUUCCCGACCCUUAAUGCCCGCGAACUCGCUGUGCCACAGCGGCCACCAUCUCGACAGUGCCAGUGUCCCACACACCAUGCACGGACCUGCUCGCUCUGAGGGUCCCGUUUUCUCGGAUGUCUCCCUCCUCAGCAUGGCUCCUCCCCUGAACCAGGCCAGAGGCACUCAGCCAGGGUUCAGUGGCAUGCAGCAACUCCAGAGCCAAGUCCCAGACCCAGGCCAGUGCCACUCCAACACAGUGCCCCGUGGGCUGGCAUCAACAGAGGGGUUCGGUUCCCGAUUCUCAAGCCCCCGGAACAUGCUGAAGGUGAACAGAAAGUGGACCUCUUCCAUCUCGCCCCUCUCCGACAACAGCCUCGAUCUUCACACCAUGAUCAGGACAUCGCCUAACUCUCUCGUGGCCUUUAUCAAUAACUCUCACUGCAGCUCAACAACCAAUGGGUCGUAUGGCCACUUAUCUGUCACAGGCAUCAGCCCGACGUGUGGAUUUCCUCAUCCUCUGACACCGUGCUCCAAGCACCAGCAGUUCCCCAUUCAGCCAAAGGGCCCGGCCACCACAUUUGGGAGCAGCCAAUCCUCAGUGCCUUGCAGUUCCCAGCAGCCCAGUGGAGUCACGCUCCUGACACACUCACAACCGCUCCAGCUUUCCAAACCCUUCCAGGCUGAGCCAUCAAUCAGCAGCUCACUGGACCCCAUCAAUGCCAGGUAUCUGGAAGAGAGAUCAGAAGGAGAUGUGUCCAGCCCUGCUUCGACAGGCACACAGGAUCUUUUAUUGGGAAGAGAGGAUGGAGAUAAGGAUGAUGGGAAACAAGAGCCAGCCAUCUAUGAGACAAACUGUCACUGGGAAGGGUGCAGUAAAGAGUUCGAUGCUCAAGAUCAACUUGUGCACCAUAUCAACAAUGAGCACAUUCAUGGAGAGAGGAAGGAGUUUGUCUGCCAUUGGCAAGAGUGUUCGAGGGAGCAGAGACCGUUUAAGGCCCAGUACAUGCUUGUGGUUCACAUGAGGCGGCACACAGGAGAGAAGCCACAUAAAUGUACUUUUGAAAGUUGCAGCAAAGCUUACUCCAGGCUAGAGAACUUGAAAACCCACCUGCGGUCUCACACUGGAGAGAAACCGUACAUCUGUGAGCAUGAAGGCUGCAAUAAGGCGUUCUCGAAUGCUUCCGAUCGUGCCAAGCACCAAAACAGGACCCAUUCCAAUGAGAAACCGUAUAUCUGUAAGAUUCCAUACUGCACCAAACGGUACACUGAUCCCAGCUCACUCCGAAAGCAUGUGAAGACUGUACAUGGACCUGAGGCACACAUAACGAAGAAGCAGCGUGGGGACAUCAACGCCAGGCCAUCCGCAGCGCAAGAUGGAGCGAGACCAUUGCCAGGACAGGAUGGAGAUGCUCCCCAUGAUGAAGGCAACUACGCUGCCAAUAAAGACUUCCUGCAGCACACAUUCAUGGUGCCCGACACGACCAUGACCUUCGAGAGUAGCCCUGGAGGCCACUCGCCCAGCAGCAGUGAAAGCUCUCUGCCAGGAAGUGCCAACAACAAUGACAGUGGUGUGGAGAUGAAUGCCAACGGUGGGGGCAGCUCUGAGGAUCUGACCAACGUCGAAGACACUGCCUCGGUAGACUCCACGGCCCGGAUGCCUGAUGCCAGGCUGAGGAGGAAUGUCACGGCACUCCAGCGACUGGCCAACCUGAAAAUCGGGAAACUGAGGCAAAGUCGGAAAGGCACAGCUGCAGCGCGAGGGCUGAAGCUCCCCUCCAUACAAGGCAGCGGUUCACUCGGACAAAGCUCUGUGAGUGAGCUCUCCACUCUGCCUUGUCACCGGAUCGUGAACACAGCAGGGGGCUGGAGCCCCCUGCUGGAGCGGCGAGGUAGCACCAACAGCACCAUCAGCUCCGCCUACACCGUCAGCCGCCGCUCAUCGGUUGUAACUCCUUACCUGCCCAGUCGACGGUCCAGCGAUAGCUCCCUGCUUGGGGGCCAUGCUAAUGACGGUGCAUCCUCCGUGGGCUACCCUCCCACCUCUCCUGAUGCCUUGCAGAGAUAUGGCGAGAUGGCACCAUCUGCCACCUGCCCAGCCCUGCCCAACCUCUCGCCAGUGCAGCUAUACCACCUCAAAACCAAGUAUGCCGCUGCCACUGGUGGCCCACCACCCACUCCAUUAGUGACUGUGGAACACACGGGCAUCAACGCCAGGCCCACACACGCCAGGGAUCACACCAACCUUGCCCUGUUCCCACCUGAUGGGCUGGAGUGCCCGAACAGUGGGGGAGGAGGCUCCUGUGGCUACGGGGCAGGGGUGCUGAAAGCCCCUGAGAUCCCUGGCAUCAGUAAACCCAUGGUUGAGACCCAGUUGGUGCCCAAAGUGCCACGGCUCCACAAUCUCCACCACAUGCAUCCAGUUGCAAGGCGGCACUGCCAACUGCAGCAUUCUUCAGGUUCCACCUCCAACCUCUGUGGGCACAUCCAUUCGCCUCGGCCACCCAGCAUUACUGAAAAUGUCGCCAUGGAGACCUUCGCUAUGGAUACAUCCCAUCCAGCCAGCCUGGGGUUACCUGAUGACAUGGCACUCUAUAGUAACUAUCCAGAGGCUAACAUGGCUCCCUUAAAUCACCUUUACCCCAACCAAGCGCCCAGGUCUCACAGCGACAUGGAUUUUCCCAGCCGGAAUCUCUCCGCUAACUCCAACGGAAAUCUGGAAGCCACACAGAGCUCUUUCAACCAGGGCUUAAUGGCCAGAAACUCAUCACUCCAACCCUACAAUGGCCGUCAGUGUCCAAUGAAUCAAUACGACACACCAUUCCCGAACCAGGAAUGUUUGGAGGCAAACAACAUGCCCAUCCAGUGGAAUGAGGUAAGCACAGGAAGUAUGGAUAUUGCUGAGAUUCCUAACACCCGCAGUGUCCAGCAAAACCUUUCCCAUCCCAAUCCGUGCCUGAGGCAGGUCCACCUGAACCCACAGUCAUCCCAAACCCCCAUGAUGCUCAGCCAGGAUCAUUUGGACAUGCCCCUGAAUCCCCAGGAUGUGUUGACUGCACACCAGAGGAUGCCCACUGAGUAUCAGCAGCCAAUGAAACCUACCUUGCCAUUCCAGCAGUCAGCGCUAAUGUUAAACCCGUACCAAAACCCAAAGCAGCUGUUUGCAGCCCAAGUGAACUACAAUCAGUCCAGACAUGCACUGCCCAGUCCACAUGGCGCGAGCCAGGAACAGACUGCCAACUUGCGCCAUCCAGACUCUGCUGCAGCCUUGGGCAUCAGGCAGCUCUGCCCCCCGUUGGAGGAAGACAGAUGGACUGGGGCCCACACACCAAUGCUACAAGUGAAGGAGAUGAUGGUGAGGAACUACAUCCAGUCCCAGCAAGCCCUCAUGUGGGGCCAACCGGCAAAGGGUGCCAGUGCGGAAACACCAAUGCCCGUCAAUAUGGACAGGUCAGACAUCAGUCUAUGCCCAACUAUGCACAGCUCUUCUCCAAACAGCUGCCAAACUCAAAGUCCACCACACAUGGCUUUAAGGUACACCAAUUGCCAAAGCCAGCCGAAUUUGUUAAGUCCUCCAACUGCAGUCCAAGGAAAGAUGUCAGACAGUGCGGGAGCUCCGUGUUUCAGUCCAAGGAUGGUGCCUCACCCUCCUGCAGCACAGAAGCUCCGAGGCAGACAGCACAGCCUUCAGCCCCCACAGCAGCUCCAGUACCCGCUCGCUCCAAGCCAUACGAACCCUGCUCACAAAGCAGCCGCUCCCACCAACCCAGCUCAGCCAAGCUGCCUGGCUCCAGGAGCUUGUCGCCAAGGGCAGUUGCAAGGUGGUCACUUGUUCUUCUCCGACCUCAAGCAACACGGGAAGUCUCAAAUGGGCAACCCUGUGCCAAUGCAUUUGCCACCAAGCGACUGUACCCUCCAGCCACAGGCGAUGAUGCCCAGCAUGGAACCCAACCUAAUGUCGAGUACCCUCGACUCUUUGGACCUGGCGAAUACGCAGAUCGAUUUUGGAGCAAUUUUGGAUGAGGGACAGCAGCCUUCCUUGGUACCAGACUCUUUAAGUCCCAACAUUGUCCACAACCCCUCUCAAGCAUCCUCUUGUCUUAUGGCUCCCUGGAACACGCUGACAUUGCAAACAGGAAGGUCCAACAUGGCAGUCGCUGACAUGAAUUCCAUGCUGACAACCUUGGCAGGAGAAAGCAAGUUCCUCAACACCCUCUCGGAGUGAGAGGCAAAUUCGAAGACCUGCCGAACAGUGAGCCCUGGCUGAUGAAAGCGCAGAUUAAACCGACAAACUGUACAUUCCCACUUUAACCCUCUGCACAGCUGGUGAAAUGGAAACCAGUCCAAACUGUUCAGUGCCUCACAGACAUAACCCCAUAACUAAACAGGAAGCGAUUUCCCAAGCCCUGGUCACUUCCACCUGUCCAAGCCACACGCUGGUGCUGAGUAAGUGAGGGAUGGAAUAUCCCAGAGAGCACUCCGGGAUGACAGAGACUUCCAGAUCCGAUCAACAUGAAGCAGACAAAACAAUGAGCACUCAUUCUGUUCCGUCUUGCCACAGUUUUCUAAAAAGCAUAUAUUUUUCCACUUCUACAGAUCGAUAGAACACAAUCGCUCAGUUCCAAUGUAAAAUCCAAAGUCACAAGCUGAAUCAUGCAGCAGUUGGGCAGCACUUCAUCAGCACGCUUCCAUUUGACUUGUUAAAACUGUCUGCCAAAAAUAAAUCAAUUUAAAACUGA